AGCUCGAAUCUCUUAAGGCCGACAUAAACAAAUCCCGACGUGGCUCUCCUGAAUCGUCUCCGCCCUGCCCGACUCCAUCCCUCCUGCUAGGGUGCGGCUUCUUGCUGCACUGGCACCGAGUCCCCGAACCGAGUACAUGUGGCUGUUCGUUUAGUCGUCAAGAUGAAGGGUUUCAGACAGAGAGUGCACGAGCAGUUGUCGAGGGCGAAAGACGCGAACAAAUCCUCCAAGAAGAAAGACUCCUCCCACGCCUCCGCCCAGAACAACGCCGCCCUCGGAGUUCACCAUGGCCAGCAAUCUUCUUCCCCCAACCAGGGCACCCCGACCUCGUCCACAACUUCCGUGAAUGAUACCAGAGGAAAGUCGCCGGAGAGUUCUGCGCAGACCGGAAUCUACCCCCCUGGUACUCCUACCAAGCAGGGACAGCCGAUGGCUCCUAGCGUGGUCAUCAGCCCAAGUGGCCCACAUCAUGUCCCCCCUCCCGGUGCGGCCGAGACAAUGCCAGGCGACCUGGCUCCUCCUAGGAAGUCCCAUGUCUUCGAUCGCCUUCAGACAACGCCUAAAGAUAUGUCCGAAGGCAUCAGAACCCCCAAGCGCCAGCAUUCGUCGCGAUUUGAUAUCUCCGACCAGCGUCAGCGCGAGCUCGAGAAACUCCCUGGCUUCCACGAAGUCCCACCCAAUAGACGUCAGGACCUGUUCAUGCAGAAGAUUGACCAGUGCAACAUCAUUUUCGACUUCAAUGACCCGACGGCUGAUAUGAAGUCUAAGGAAAUCAAGAGACUGGCGCUCCACGAACUCUUAGAUUAUAUCGCCAACAAUCGCUCCGUCAUCACAGAACCGAUGUACCCCCGAGUCGUCGAGAUGUUCGCCAAGAACCUUUUCCGACCCAUUCCACCUCCAGUGACUCCUCAGGGAGAGGCUUUCGACCCGGAAGAGGACGAGCCGGUCCUGGAAGUCGCGUGGCCGCAUAUCCAGGUGGUCUACGAGUUCUUCCUGCGAUUCAUCGAAAGCCAAGAUUUCAACACCAACAUCGCCAAGGCAUACAUCGAUCACCAUUUCGUUCUGCAGUUGCUCGAGCUGUUCGACUCGGAAGAUCCCCGCGAACGCGAUUUCCUCAAGACUACCCUGCAUCGGAUCUACGGAAAGUUCCUGAAUCUGCGCUCGUACAUUCGUCGAUCUAUCAACAACGUCUUCUUCCAGUUCACAUACGAGACCGAGCGGUUCAAUGGCAUUGCCGAAUUGUUGGAAAUUCUCGGCUCGAUUAUCAAUGGAUUUGCCCUUCCCUUGAAGGAGGAGCACAAGCUGUUCCUCACCAGGGUUUUGCUUCCUCUGCACAAAGUCAAGAGUCUUAGCAUGUAUCACCCGCAGCUGGCCUACUGUAUUGUUCAGUUUCUCGAAAAGGACUCGACUUUGACGGAAGAUGUCGUUCUUGGACUGCUGCGUUACUGGCCUAAGACCAACAGUACCAAGGAAGUCAUGUAUCUCAACGAAGUUGAGGAUAUAUUCGAGGUGAUGGAUCCCGCCGAGUUCGCCAAGGUGCAGGUACCCUUGUUUCAACAACUCGCCAAGUCGGUGGCCAGUCCGCACUUCCAGGUUGCGGAACGUGCACUGUACUUUUGGAACAACGAAUAUUUCUGCAACCUCGUCAGUGACAAUGUGGAGAUCAUCCUGCCGAUCAUGUUUCCACCGUUGUAUGAAAACUCUAAAGGUCACUGGAACCGAACAAUCCACAGUAUGGUCUACAAUGCCAUGAAAAUGUUCAUGGAAAUCAACCCCCAGCUGUUCGAUGAGUGCUCCCAUGAGUACAACGAGCGGCAGAAUAGUGCCGAACAGCGGGAGCAGAGCCGGCAGACUAAAUGGGAGAAGGUGUUGGAACAGGCCAACGAACGGAAGAAUGGGGUCGCGCCUCCCCCACAGUGCCAGAUCGCGGAGAUUCCCGUUCAGCUGGACGACAUCGAUGCGGUCACCCAAGACAGCCAAAAGCGCCUUCAUGCCCUGAAAUUGGAUGAUUCAGAGGCAUCGACGGAGCGGAGUUCGCGGGAGAACACGGCGACCUCGAGACGGCGCCGCGGCGGCCUUGAUGAAUCUCGGAGACGAAGAAGUGGUAGCGCAAGUGAGAUUCGACCUCGUGUAGAUCGACGGCGGUCGGCUGGCUCUAGCGCUGCUUUCUCGAUCUUGUCACGAAGCAAUUCUGUCAAGUGACAGUCGAUUUAAUGGUAUUUCCCUGCUAGAUUUCCUGCAAUGAUGGCAUAGCGACUAUGAGCUGCGAUGAAGUGUACUCGAUCUUCUCUGGUUUUACGUUCGGUUCACCCCUUUGUUCGCGCUCUUCAUCAUGCCUUUCUAUCUUCGUUCUUCUUCUCCUCCCCCCAUUUUCUUUUUAUUCCUUUCAAUUCUCAUCUUUGUGUACAUGGCCUUCAAUAUUCUUGUGUCCCAGCGUGCACGUGGCUCGCCACGCCCGGGUGCAAUUCAGCGGACGUUGUUGUCAGUUGGACUACUAGAACUGUGUUCGGGUCUGGAAAACGGGUGAAUGGCGUUUCCCCUCGGUCGACGUUGAUGUCGACGACCUCUUUUGAGUUUUAAAACAUGAAGUAUUUAUGGCAUAGCCUUCAACCAGAUUCAAUUAAUUC